GUGAGGGUGAUGAAGAUAGUGAUAGUAGCAGUGCUGAAGAAGAUGAAAGUGUGGAAACUAUUUCUGCUGGAACAAAGAAGGCCACUGUUGCGCCUAAAGGAAAGUCAGCCGGACCUGAGACAACUCAGAACCAAGCAGAGUCUAGAAAUGCUGCCAGCGUGACAACUAAAGUUGCUACGAAAUCGGGUAAAACACUCAAACCAAGUAAACCAUCAACUGUUGAUUGUGACAAAGAUCACAAAGUAACAGUACAAGAUGAUAAGAAUAUUAAUGGUGUGUUGAUAGUUCGAUCAUGUCAUGCAUCACGUUUUGCUCGAAAACGAAGUCGAUGUACCAAUGUUGGUAAUAAAUUCGGCUCACUUCUUAAAAAUCAACUGGAGAAAGUUGGUGUCAAGGGCCAAUUUCCUGUUAACAUUGUGAAAACAUCAGGUGACAAGACACAAACUGAAUUUCAUUAUACAUUACCAUGUGAUAAGGCACAACAUCAGACAGUGAUGAAGUCACUAAAAGAUACUUGCAAAGAUAAAGAUUUGAUUGACACGAUCACAACGGAAAAUCAACCUGAUGAAGAUGAUUCAAGCUCAGAAAGUGAAGAGGAAACUGCACAACCCACGAGAAGCAAAGUUACGCCAAGUGGCAUGACUCAUUCAGUCGAUGCUUCGUGGGAUACAACGAUGCAUACAACUCAAAAGUCUGCAAUCGAACCUAGCGGUAAGCCAUUUUUUGUUUCUUGGAGUAUGCAUGAGUAG